AAGUAUAAAAGGUGAUAUUAAACCCAUUACCAGCAUCAGUUUAUCAACGAUUUUCAUUAAAAACAUUUAAUUUCUAAUCCUUUACCAAAACUAUGAAAAUGAUUGCAACUCUCUUCGUUGUCUUUGCUUUUGCUUCUUCAGCUUUUGGUUUCACUUGUCCAGCUCCUGAAACUACUCCCGGUGCCGAUAUUGACAAAAUUGCGGGUCAAUGGUAUGUAAUUCGUGGACUAAUAAUAUCUUCAACCACAAAUUCAACAUUGACUUUCACUCCUCGAGAAGAUGCAGACUUUGAAAUUAAAGUUCCUGGUACUACAUCUACUGGUGAAAAGUUUAGCGCGAUUUGGUAUGGUAGACGUACUGAUAAUCAAAAUUUGCUUAAUAUCUAUUUGACUGACUCAAAAGAGGCUCCAAUUUUCUUUACCUUCAAUGUAGUUGCUACUGAUUACGAUAACUAUCUGGCUGCUAUCUGUGUUUGGUUAUUCAGGGUGAAAUUCGUUUCGAUAAAUUAAUUUUAUCCAGGACUAAUACCUUGAAUGCUGACAAGAUUGUCGAGCUGGAUGCCUUGUUGACUGAUAAAGUUGGCAAUAGUUUUGUGCCAAGUAUUCAAAAAGACUAAAUAUUGUUUAGUUUGACAGUGAUGACAUUUACUUGGAUAAAUGGAAUUUUCCCUCUAAUGGUUGAUAAAUCUUAAAAAACUAA